GGCAGGCAACGUUAGGAAGAUGGCGGCAUCUCCCGCGGGAAGCGCGAUGGAUGCUCAGGCUCGAUUCGGCCAUUCGGUGAAGGGUUUGCUGACCGAGAAGGUGACCAGUUGUGGCACAGAUGUGAUCGCCCUUACUAAACAGGUGCUGAGGGGAUCUCGUAGCGCCGAGUUCCUUGGGCAGGCUGCCAGAAAUAUGGUGAUGCAAGAGGAUGCUAUCCUGCACUCUGAAGAUAGUUUAAGAAAAAUGGCUAUUAUAACUACUCAUCUGCAGUAUCAGCAAGAAGCUAUUCAGAGAAAUGUUGAACAAUCUUCAAAUUUACGCGAUCAACUGAGCCACCUUUUGAAAUGAAGAUAGAGCAGUAUAC